AUGCCGAAUGGUCUUUUUUCGACUAGUGUAUUAUUUUCAAGUUACGGAAUAUAUGAUUUGGCUACGGCUUUAGGUGUGAAAUUUUUGGAUAAAUUUGCAGCUGUUAUUGACUGUCGAUCUACAAGAAGGGUUUUAGAACUAAUCUGGGUUGCAGUUGGAGCAGCCAUUAAUAUAUACUUACAAAAAAGUAAGAUUAAAAUAAAAGAAAUAUUAUCUUGUCCUGCAAAUGAGAAAAUAUGCUUAAGAAUAUGGUACUUAUAUUAUGAAUGGUUUGCAAUAUGGAAAACUCAUCUUACCGGAAUACACUGUGGAAAUUAUGAAUUACAAAAAUUUGGAUUAGCAGCUUUUGCUCCACUUUUUCCUGCAACGAAAAAAAGCAAUUAUGCUACUUCUGUUACACAUUUUCUUGCGAAUUUAGAAAAAUAUCCACUGUUAGAAAAAAAACUUCAUCUUUGUGCUUCUAUAAAUUUAGCAAGAGAAGGACAUUAUCCUGCUUUUGACGAAGCGUUAGAAACUCAUGGUGUUGCUUAUAUUAAACAGAAUAUUACUAGAAAUUCGUGUAAUCAAGAAAAACUUAGAGUUACAAAUUAA